CAUGCGACUCCUCCCACCCACUCUCUAGCGACGGGUCUAGAGACGUCCGAAACCCACCUCAAACCCUUUGGUGGGGACGUCUGUAUUACCGCAUGUUUACCUCGCAGCUCGCGCUGCUGCAGGUGUUCUUCCUGAUGGUCCCCAAGGGGGUCCGGCCUCAGCCAUCUCCGUCGCCGUCUGGGGCAGUGUCCACCCAAUCGGACCUGGGGCCAAGGACGCAGGGCGAGACCCUUCAAUCCUCCUCGGAGGUGCCUGGCGUCUCUACAGUGGGUCCUACUGUCGUGACUCCCUCGGCGUCUGGGAAUAGGACCGUGGAUCUCUUCCCAGUCUUGCCGAUUUGUGUCUGUGACUUGACUCCCGGCUCCUGCGAUAUGAAUUGCUGCUGCGACAGGGACUGCUGUCUUCUCCAUCCCAGGACAGUUUUCUCCUUCUGCCUCCCAGGCAGCGUGAGGUCUUCAAGUUGGGUGUGUGUAGACAACUCUCUUAUCUUCCGAAGUAAUUCCCCAUUUCCUUCAAGAGUGUUCAUGGAUUCAAAUGGAAUUAAGCAGUUUUGUGUCCAUGUGAACAACUCAAAAUUAACCUAUUUCCAGAAGCUCCAAAAGGUCAAUGCAACCAGCUUCCAGGCCCUGGCUACAGAGUUUGGAGGUGAAUCAUUCGCUUCAACAUUCCAAACCCAGUCACCACCACCUUUUUACAGGGCUGGGGACCCCAUUCUGACUUACUUCCCCAAGUGGUCUGUAAUAGGCUUGCUGAGGCAGCCUGCAGGAGUCGGAGCUGGGGGACUCUGUGCUGAGAGCAAUCCUGCAGGUUUCCUGGAGAGUAAAAGUACAACCUGUGCUCGUUUCUUCAAGAAUCUGGCAGAUAGCUGUACCUUGGAUCCCACCCUCAACGCUGCCUCUUAUCAUAACUUCACAGUCUUGAAGGUUCCAAGAGGUUUGAGUGAUCUGCAGAAUACGAAGUUCCAGGUGCCUGUAACACCUGUCUCACAGGCUGACUCCCCUCUUCUGGCUGGAAACACUUGUCAGAAUGUUGUUUCCCAGGUCGUCUAUGAGAUAGAAACCAAUGGGACUUUUGGAAUCCAGAAAGUCUCCGUCAGUUUUGGGCAAACCAACCUGACUGUUGAGCCAGGCACUUCAUUCCAGCAACACUUCAUCAUUCACUUCAGGGCUUUUCAACAGAGCACAGCUGCUUCUCUUACUGGUUUUAGAAGUGGGAAUCCUGGCUAUAUUGCUGAGAAGCCACUCCUGGCUCUAACUGGUGAUAGAAGACACUCAAUGACCCUCUUACAGAGCAAGGGUGAUGGUACUUGCUCUAUUAAGAGACACGAAGUACAAUUUGGAGUGAAUGCAAUAUCUGGAUGCAAGCUCAGGCUGAAAAGGGUGGACUGCAGCCACUUGCAGCAGGAGAUUUAUCAGACUCUUCAUGGAAGUCCCAGACCAGAGCACGUUGCCAUCUUUGGUAAUGCUGACCCAGCCCAGAAGGGAGAGUGGACCAGGAUCCUCAGCAAGAACUGCAGUGUUUCAGCUAUGCAUUGUACUUCCUGCUGUGUCAUACCAGUUUCCUUGGAGAUCCAGAUAUUGUGGGCAUAUGUAGGCCUCCAGUCCAACCCACAAGCUCAUGUGUCAGGAGCCCGAUUCCUAUACCACUGUCAGCCCAUACAGGAUUCCCAACAAGAAACAGAAGUACCUUUGACAACUGUUGUGACCUUUGUGGACAUUACCCGGAAGCCAGAGCCUCCAAGAGGCCAACCCAGAAUGGACUGGAAAUUGCCAUUCGACUUCUUCUUUCCCUUCAAAAUGGUAUUCAGCAGAGGAGUAGACUCUCAAAAAGGCUCAGUCUCUACCAUUCUUAUCCUGUGUCUCUUACUACUUGGAGUUCUCAACCUAGAGACUAAGUGAAAAAAAGGAGAAGAAGCAGAUUUCAGUUUUCCCCAUGGGAAGUUCUGAGGCACCCUGCUUAUCUUGGCUAAACAGAUCCUCACCUGCUCAUGACCAGAGGAGAGGAUUUAGGAAAACAGAGGACCUAAAUGAAGGAGUAGAAUUGCUGGACAAUAUGGUAACUUUAUGUUUAAUCUAUUGAGGAACUGCCAAACUACUUUCCAAACUGACUGCACCACCAGCAGUAUGUGAGGGUUCCAGUUUUUCCACAUCCUUCCCAAUAUUUGUUAUUUUUAUAUUAGCCAUCCUAAUGGGUGUGAAAUGGUAUCUCAUUGUGAUCUACCAUGCCUUUUUAAACUGUAGUGUAUGAGAUCUUACACUAGAAAUGAGCACAUCUGCUCUUCCAAGGCAGGAAUACCCCAAGUAUUCUUUUCCUCUCUACCCCUCUGCUAAUUUGAUUAGCUUGUAAGCCCAGUUUCCAAUUACAAAGCUGCUUAACAUAUCUUAGAUAAGAUUUUAUGAUGAUCUUAUCGCCAGUCACUCCCCUUGUAACAGACCUUUGAAAAACAUUUUUUUAAAUCAUCUAGAGAAUACAGUCUUCUUCCCUCCCUUUAUUUAUACAGGAGGUCUCUUACUGCACGAGGUCUCUAUUGUAAUCAUGUAUUCAAUUUAAGGAGCAAGUUUUACUGUAAAGGGGUAUGUGCAAUUUGGAUAGAAUGAAAUUGAAAUCCCAGCCGGCCCGUUACAGGUGUGGAGAAACAGGUACUCUCGAAUACUUUUAGUGAGAGCAUAAACUGGUAGAAACUUGGAUUGAAGGGCAAAUAGCUAUCUAAUAUGUAUCAAAAGCCUUAAAAAUGUUCACAAACUUUAACCCAGCAAUUCCACUUAUUAAACCUUAUGGGGCGGUGGUGGGGGGGAGGAUGUCCAACAAUAGGGAAUUAGUUAAGUAAACUAUGAUGUAUCCAUAGAUUGGAAUGUUGUACAACCACCGAAAAUUGAGUAGACCUGGCUUUAUUGCCAUAAGAAAACAUUCAUGAUCUAUUUUUAGUGAAUAAAAUAGGCUACAAAAUAGUGCAUAUACUUUAUGGUGCUAUUUUUGUAAAACAAAAAAUAUUUAUACAUAUGUACUUAAACAUCUGGAAAGCUAACAUGUCUAAAAGGGGAAUUUUUUCUUAAUAAUAAGCAUUUCUGAUUUUUAUAAUCAGAGAAAAUAAAACUGUAUUUUAAAGAAAAUAUUAGUUCUCCAGGAAAAACCUCCCUGUUUAUUGUAUAUAGGAAUGUUCCUUAUUUAUGAGUAACUUCCCAUUUCUAUUGAUGUAUUUGCUUGUUUGGCAUUCUGGGCCUGUCUUUUAAAACAGGGGUUCCUAAAGGCCAGUCACAUCAUAAACUGGGGUUCUUUAAAAAUGCUGAUUCCUUGGCCCUGCAUCUAGAGAUUCUAAUUCACUGGGGACUCGAAGAAUCUGUAUCUUUUUUUUUUUUUUUUUUUUUUUCUUCGGUACGCGGGCCUCUCACUGCUGUGGCCUCUCCCCUUGCGGGGCACAGGCUCCGGACGCGCAGGCUCAGCGGACAUGGCUUACGGGCCCAGCCGCUCCGCAGCAUGUGGGAUCCUCCCAGACCGUGGCACGAACCCAUGUCCUCCGCAUCGGCAGGCGGACUCUCAACCACUGCGCCACCAGGGAAGCCCAGAAUCUGUAUCUUUUAAAAGCCCUCCUGGUGCUUCUGAUGUUCAGCCUGGUUUGUGAAACUACAAAGUUAUAUUGCAUAGUCUGGCUGAAACUGGUUAAGUGUUUGUCCUAACGUUGCCAACUCACGUAACAUGUCUACCGGCCUAGCCUACUCCCUUUUCUCGGAGAAUCCCCUCCACACAGAGCUCUGCUGUGUUGGAGUUACCUGCAUGACCCCUCCUCUCCCUGCCACAGCUGACUAGACCAAAAAUGGAGUCCUGGACCAAGUUAGGCCAGUAAGAUUUUCUCUCUAGGAAUAUGAAACUAAGGAUGAAGUCUAAAAGUCAGUAGGGAGGAGGCACUAAAGAUAUUUUAGGGCUGAGGAAGCCAUUUUCCACCAGAUGUUCACUAAUGAAGAGUGUAUCUUAAAAGGAGAAAAAAAGAAGCAGAUUGCAGACAGAAGUGUAAAUAGGAAACCCAGAAAUGGAGGAGAAUAUUGGUGCCCAACUUCCAGUUCCAGUUCCUCUUAGGACAUCCAAUUUUACCUUCUGCUCUUCUUUACCUUUUACUCUUUCUAGUAAAUUGUUUUGUUUGAAUAAGUUUCUGUUACUAACAAUUAAAGAA